GAAAAAAGAGAUAUAAUAAGGCUGGCCGUGGGGCGUGGACUUCUAUUUGAUCAAAAAAAGAAAACGGGGAAAAAAAAAAAAAAACCCACAGCGCACGCUCGGUGCAAUAUCUCUCUUGUCCAAAAAAAUCCAAAGUUCCGCUGCUUCCGCGCUUGGCUUCUCUCGCUCUCUCUCUACGGUUUGGUUGAAUUCCAGACCCUUUCCAUUGUCAGACAAAAUGAAAGAAUCACAAAACAGGAAAUUACAGUGUGUAAGGCAGCGACGAGAGCUGCUUGUUUGUUCCUGUGAACUGAGGAUUAAUAUAUGAUAUUGGCUUCUGAAAGAGCUGAUAUGGCGGUUGACUCUAACCACAACCAGGCCCAGCUACUGCUCGGAGAGUACAUAUUAGUGGAUCCUUUUAUCCACUACAUUUCUGUUAUUUUCGGCAUUUUGUGUUGCAAGAUGGUAUAUGAUCUUAUGCAUUUUAUCAGCACAAUUUACUUCAAGAGCCAUUCUAGCCUCUCAAAAGUGCAACAAAUUGAGUGGAAUAACCGUGCUAUAUCUACAGUUCAUGCCAUUUUUAUUACCAUUAUGUCUUUAUAUCUAGUGUUCGGGUCAGAUCUCUUUUCUGACAACCACCUUGCUGGCCUUAUUACUUCUAGAAGUUCACCACUCUCUACAUUUGUACUGGGGGUUUCUGUUGGUUACUUCCUCACUGAUCUUGGGAUGAUAGUUUGGUUUUAUCCUUCUCUAGGUGGAAUGGAGUAUGUGGUUCAUCAUCUUCUCUCUCUGGUGGCUGUAGCAUAUGCUAUGUUAACUCAAGAGGGUCAGCUUUACACCUACAUGGUUCUUCUUUCUGAGAUGACAACCCCUGGGAUAAACUUGAGAUGGUAUCUUGACACGGCUGGAAUGAAGAGGUCCAAGGCCUAUGUCAUUAAUGGGGUUGUGAUAUUUUGUACGUGGCUGGUUGCCAGACUAGUACUGUUCAUGUACUUAUUUUACCAUGUCUACUUGCACCGCAAGCAGGUUUUUCAGAUGCACUCCUUUGGAAUAUUCUUGAUAUUUGUUGGGCCAUCGGUGCUUUCUGUCAUGAACUUGAUGUGGUUUAAGAAGAUUGCCAGGGGAUUGAAGAAGACAUUAGCAAAGAGGCAAUGAUGAAUUACACGAACCAGUAACAUUUGCAAAGAAUUUCAUUUGGGUUGAGGUCCAGCGCGUAACCUUGAUAUAUGGCAUCCGGGAAAAUUGGUUUGAUCCAGGUGCAAAAUGAUUGGGCCAAUGCUUGUCGAGCGGGGAAAAAUCGAAUAUCAAGCCUAGUCAUAUAACUGAACAAAUAUAUUUGGAUAUUGUUUGGUACGUUUUUUCUUUUUACAUAUUUGUACUUUUCUAUACAAAAAUCAUAAAUUGAUCUUAUGCUUCAGAGUUGAAUACAUUUCAAAGAAAAAAAAAUUAAAUUCAUGUUUUGGUUAGCCAUGAGUUUAAUUAGUUUUGACCAACAAAGGUCACGAGGCCUAUUUUAGAAGCAUUUUGAUCCAAAUGGAUUUCCAUAAUUGUGUACAAAGAUUUUGUAUGGGUGUAAAUUUGUGAAUUUCUUGUUCCUAUUUUGCUAUUUCAUGUUUAGUUAUUGGAACUUUCUUUCCAA